GUAUGCUAUCCUUGAAUGCUAUUCUUAAUGAUUUUGAUGAAUUACUAUAGAAACAAUAACAAUAGGAUAAUAGUAUGGAAGAAUGUAAAACAAUUGAUCGUUGGGCUCGAUAUACAUAAUCUAGUAAACGAUCACUAAUGACUAGACGAUUUUCUUAAAUAGAAGAUAAUAAAUAAUAAACAGAAAAUAUCAAAGUACAAUCACAAUUGUUUACUCAAGAAGAUUUAAAUGAAGUAAAGGCAAGAAUACGAUUUGAAUAAAAGACAAAGGAAAUUGAAAAGAAUGCCAAAUUGAAGCCUAGUCAUAAAGCACUUGAAAUGUAAUUUCAUAAUAAUUAACUAGAGUCAAUAUACAAUAAAUAAAGGCUGAAGUAAGAUAGUAACUAUGCACUAAGAAGAAAAAAGGUUCACCCGUUAGAGUAGUAAAAAAUACAUUGUAAAAGGAGAAUAAGAUUAGCAAAUAUAAAUGUUAAUAAUGUAUCCAAUUAUUAUCAAUGGGGUUGCCUACUAAACAUUGUAUAAAUCACUGAAUUAUAUAUAAAUAUUAAAUGUAUAAAGACAUUGACAUUAAUGAGAUUGAAAAAUUGAAAAAAGACCAAGAAAUGAUGUCGUUAAAGAGGGCACCAACUAAUAUAAAAGUAAGGAAAAUUGAAAUCUCUGUGAUUAGGAGCGUUUUGGUUAAUCAAAUAAAGACUUUUUGGAAGAUGAAUUUAAAUAAAAGACUGUGGGUCUAGUUACUCGGGAAGAAUUUAAAAGAAAGAGGGAGAAUAUUGAUAAUCUUGUGAUGCAGGAUAUGAAAUAAAAAUAAGAAGAGGAAACUAAAAAAAAAAUGGAACUCAAAUAAAAGCGAAAAGUAGAAUAUUAGAAGAAGACUACAUUAUUGUCCUUUGAUUUAGAUGAAGAAGGUAGUCCAUAAAAAAGUUAUGGUAAAAAUGAACAUGUAGAUACAACAUAUUUGCCAGAUAUGAAUAGAGAACGAAAAAUUGAAGAAAUGACCAGACAAUUAACAGGUAUGUAUUUUUAUAGUAAUUUUUGUUUAGAAUAAUAUUAGAAGGAGGUUGAAUCAUAAAAGGAUUCUCUUAUUGAUAUUUAAUUCUAAUAUUGGGAUGCUUCAACAUGUUCGAAAUCUUUGAGAAUCAAGAAGAAAAUGACAAUAUUGGAAUUCUUAGAAAUGGCUAGAAGAGAAAUCAUCAGAGAUUUUGGUUUUGUAUUUGUUGAUUUAAAUGAAAUAUUAGUUAACAGAGUUUAGUCCAGAAGAUUUGAUAAUAGUUGCCAAUGGAAUGAUUUUACCACAUAAACUUAGUUUUUAUGAUCUUAUAGCUCAUAAAGUUAAGAAUAGAUCUGGUACUCUAAUCUUUUAAUUUGAUCGCAGAAAGGUAUUACUUUUUAGCUUAAAUUGGAUUUAAUUAGGUUUAAGCAAAAGGAUAAGAAUAUGAAGUAGAAGUUGAGAAAUCCACCACAUGUAAAAUAAUAGAGAAGUUUAGAUAUGAAAAAAUUAAACAUAUUUAUCCAUGUUCGAAAUGGGAGAAUGUAGAAAUCAACAAAUACUUAUGACAUUUUACAACAAUUAAAACAACAAAAUAUAAAUAUUAAUAUGUUAAACACCAAAAACUCAAGUAAACAGAACAAAUCUAAUUGUAUAAAUAAUCCAAAAGUGUCUAUUGGGAUGUUCUCUAAUCAGAAUUCUAUCAUUUCUUAAUUGCUUUCAACUAAAGCAAAAUCAAAAUUUCAAUAACAUAAGGUAUCUAAAACAACAUGUGAAUUUCAAACAUUUAGAGCAGAAACUCCAAAUUCUCCUAAUAAAACAACUCCAUUUAAAACAAAAUAUCAUUUUAAUACUCUAUCUUAAUUGUCUAAAUUGGAAACUAAUAAUGUUUCUCAAAAUAUUCAGUAAGCAAAAUCUAAAAAUCAAGAUACAAGUGAUGAUCUUGGAGAUGUAAGUAUAAGAUUGAGAAGUCCUCGAGAUGAUUAAAUCAACAAAAUUCUCAAAAAUCUAAGAUUUAUUGGAGAACAAAUGACCCAUAAAAAAUUAACAUAAAUUAAAUCAAGUCUGUUGUCACAAUGGCAAAAUUAAUUGAAUGAUAAUUGUGAUAAUUUAAUGAAAAUCUUAUCUUCUGAAUUAAAUUCCUCUUCUAAUUUUUAUCAACCUAUUAUGAACAAUGAUAAUUAACUAUAAAAAUAAUUGGCAGAAGAGAAAAAAAAUAGACUCUUAGUAGAAGAAUAAACAAGUAAAAUAAUUUAAAAUUAGGAAUAAUAAAUUAAAUAAUAUGUAAUAUAUAUUAAUAAAAUAUUAUAUAGAUUGAGACAAUCAAAUUACUCGAAUAAAAAUUAUUAAAUACUAUGUGA